UGAUUCUAACAGCAGUUGCAAUCCUAUUUACACUAAUUUUGACAUUAGUUGUUGCAUGGUACAUUUUUUGGCUGGGUUCUACAAAGUAUGUUCGACAUAUUUCAGGCCCAAGACCCGUUCCAAUCAUUGGAAAUGCUUUAAGAUUUAAAAAUAAAUCAUGUUUACUUUCGUCUUUUAUAAAAGUCACUAAAGAACAUGGGGCUUUGGUAAAAAUGAUUGUAGGCUGGGAGCCAAGUUUGACUGUUUCAAAUUAUAAAACAUUGGAAAUAAUUUUGAACUCAACAAAAUUAUCGCAUAAAGCCACUCCGUAUCGUUAUUUUCAUAAUUGGUUAGGCCAGGGAUUGUUAACUAGCAGCGGUGAUAAAUGGAGAAAACGCAGGAAAAUUAUUACACCCGCUUACCAUUUUAAAAUAUUAGAACAAUUUGUUAAUGUUUUUGAUAAAGUUAGUGACAUCUUAGUUAACGAAGUUAGGAGGGAAUGUAACAAACAAUCUUUUGAUAUUUACCCGUACAUAACAUUAUGCGCGCUCGAUAUAAUUUGCGAAACUGCAAUGGGAAUAUCUGUUAAUGCACAGGUAAAUAAAAAUUCUGAAUAUGUGCAGAGCGUGAAAAAAAUGUGUAAAAUAGUAAUGGAUAGAACAUUUUCACCGCUUCAGUAUUUUGAUAUACUUUAUAGAUUUACCAAAAACUAUAGAGAUGAAAAACGUUGUUUGAAAGUCUUGAAUGAAUAUAAUUUUGAAAUAAUUAGAAAACGCAGACAGGAAUUAAAAAGUCGAGGAAAUGAGAAAGAAUCUGAAAACUUUGAAAAGAAAAAAGUCGCAUUUUUAGAUAUGCUAUUACAAGCUAAGAUCGAUGAGCAACCUUUAAGCGAUGAAGACAUUCGUGAAGAAGUGGCAACCUUUAUGUUUGAGGGACAUGAUACAACUGCAUCAGCCAUGAGUUUUGCUUUAUUCGAACUUGCUAAAAAUGUGGAGGUACAAAAUAAAGUUUUCGACGAGCAGAAAUGUUUAUUCGCAGAUUUUCCCGAACGAAGUGUAACGUAUAAGGAUCUGAAUGAUAUGAAAUAUUUAGAGUUGGUGUUAAAAGAAACCUUAAGAUUAUAUCCAUCAGUUCCCUUUUAUGCCAGACAAACAAUGGAAGAAAUUAAUCUGACGAACGAUAUUAAGCUACCAAAAGGUUUCAUUAUAAAUAUAUUUGCAUACGGAAUUCAUAGAGAUCCACAGUUUUAUCCGGAUCCAGAUUCAUUUGAUCCGGAACGGUUUUCACAUGACAAUAAUACUGGAAAGUAUCCUUAUAGUUUUAUCCCAUUUAGCGCUGGCUUGAGAAACUGCAUCGGACAAAAGUUUGCAUUGUUGGAAAUGAAAGCAACAAUAUCCAAGUUCAUAAGAAAAUAUGAAUUAUUGCCUAGACAUCCUGAACACCACUUACAGUUGAUAUCUGAAACGAUCCUAAAAUCAGCAAACGGCGUAUACAUUAAACUGAUCGAUCGAAAAUGGCAAUGAUAGACAUAAUAUGAAGAUGUAUAAAUUUAUAUUUUAUAACAAUUAUUUUUUCCUUAUUAGGUUAAACAUAUAGUUGUUAGUUCAUAUUUGUUAGUUGCAUAUGUGUUUAGA